AUGACCGGCAAACAGAAUGGCUUUGUAGCUAAAUUAAAAAAAGUUGCCCCUCAUAUAUUGGCAAUUCAUUGCAUCAUCCAUCGAGAACAUCUUUGUGCUAAAUCUCUCAAUGAUGACAUGGAACAUGCAUUGAAAGUCGCUGUUUCAACAGUGAAUUUUGUCAAAGCCAAUGCUUUGCAUGACCGCCUAUUUCAACAUUUAUGUGAACAUGAGGACCACCAGAGACUCCUCAUGCACACUGAAGUGAGAUGGCUUUCCAAAGGAAAUUCCCUAGUUCGUCUUGCUGAAAUGUGGGAUAUGGUUCUUAUUUUUGUUCAUGACAUGAAAACACAAGCUUGUAGCAAGAAGCAGAAAGAUAAAGCUGAGACUUUGUUUUCAGUGAUAAAUAACAACGAUACAAAAGCAAGGAUUUUUUACCUGGCUGACUUAUUCGCACAUGUCAACCAACUGAACAUGACACUGCAAGGGCGAAAUGCUAAUCUGAUAGAUAGUGCUGAGAAAGUACGCUCUUUUUUGAACAAGUUAUGUCUCUGGAAGAUGCAUCUUCAAAAAAAUGAAUUUGCUUAUUUUUGUAAUUUUGCCAAAACUGCUCCGAGCUCAGAAGUAAUCGCAAGCUGCACUGACCACUUGAAAUGCUUGAAAGAAGAUAUGACUAGAAGAUUUAAAGAUAUCAUCGAAAUGAAUCCGCCUAGUUGGAUUAUAGAUAUAGCACAUUUUGACGUAUUAAGUGAAAAAGACAUUGAUCCUAUUAUUGCUGGAGAACUUCUUGAACUGAAGGAGAACAAAGAGUUUGGUGUGGUUAUGAAUAUCUUACUAUCUAUUCUUGUACGCUCGACCAAAGACACAAUUGAUCCGAUAGCAAAUGUAAUUUGUGAAUCUCCAACAGCCCUGAAGGCCCGAAUUUUGCGGUGCCAUAAUGGAUCUUACGAGCUUCUAUUUAAGAAUGCAGAGGAUCAAAACGACUUCAUCUAG